ACCUUGACCUUGACCACAACUAUGUCGAAUCUUACUCUCCUCCGUAGCUACGCGCUGAAAACUAAUCCGGCUUCUCUUCCCCCCUCCGUUUUGUUCAGUCACACUGAAAACACUCUGACCAUCUAUGAUGCAUACCCCAAGUCUAUAUUCCACUUCCUCAUUCUUCCCCGAACAAACGCCUUUCUGCCACUCUCUGUGUUUGAUCUCACGAACCUAAGGACCCUGCUGAAGGGGAACAAGGAAAGGGCGAAGGAAGUGAUAUCUACUCUGAACGACGAGGCGACGAAACUAAAGAAGGAAAUUGAAGAAGAAAUGGUCAAUCGGUAUGGCUUCAAGUGGGACAUCUGGAUGGGAUUUCAUCCUGUCCCUUCAAUGGAGCACCUUCAUCUACAUGUACUUUCUGCCGACUUACGUUCCCCAUCCAUGAAGACCAAGAAACAUUACAAUUCAUUCCGCCCAAAGCUCGGAUUCUUCCAACAUAUUGACGACGUUCUCUCAUGGUUUGAUGCAGAACCUUCAUAUUUCAACAAGAUGUCGGAGCUCAAGAAGAGCAAAUACGAACCUUUGCUAAAAGAGAAUCUUACAUGUUUCCGAUGCGACGCGAUGUUCAAGAAUAUUCCAACUCUCAAGAGUCAUCUCGAGGAAGAAUGGAACAAACUUGUCCAGAAAGAGAAGGCCAAACACGCUAAACAGAGCAAGAGGAGACGUGAAACUGAAGAUGCUAAGUCCACUACAAGUCACGGCGAUUCGUCCAGUGGCACACCCCCUAAACGACAAAAACUAGAAUCUCCGCCAGAUGAUGUUACCUCAUAAUUCACUUCGCGUUGUUCAUCACUCAGGUUUCGUCUUUGAUGAUAAUCGAUCUUGGAUGACAUCCAUGUACAAUACCAACUUCCCUCCUGCUAGUCAUACACACAUUUCUGUGUCCAGUAUUUCAAUCCAAUACAGCAAUCACAAAAUACUCAAGCC